UUUCCAACACGGCCUGUGCCAAAGACCUUUCUCUCUCGUCUCUCUCCACACACAACACAAAUAAAAGACAACACUUUAACGGCGAGACAAGCCGGGAAAUCCACCAGGCUAACGCCGGCGUAUCACCGGCAAAGUACUGUGACGUCAGUGCACUCUCUUUUGACCGUUAUAGAAGAGAGAGGAGAAGAAAGAGAACAAGAGAGAGGAUAAGACGGGCGUCGUGUAUGGUGAAGCGGCGGCGUUCGGCGAGAGUGAGAGGAGGGGCCAAACGGCGCCGUUUGAUGGUGUGAUUGAUCGUCGGCGGCGACUUCGACGGAGUGGAGUCGAUGGGGAGGGUGGUGGUGGGCGUGGCGGUGGGCGUGGCUGCGGCGGCGUGCGCGGUGGCGGCGGUGGUGGUGGGUCGGAGAGUGAAGAGUAAGAGAAAGUGGAGGAGAGUUGUGGGUGUGUUGAGAGAGCUCGAGGAGAGCUGCGAUACCACCGUGGGGAGAUUGAAGCAGGUGGUCGACGCCAUGGCGGUUGAGAUGCACGCUGGCUUGGCCUCCGAGGGUGGUUCCAAGCUCAAAAUGUUGCUCACCUUCGUAGAAAAUCUUCCUAAUGGGAGUGAAAAAGGAACUUAUUAUGCUCUAGAUCUUGGGGGUACUAAUUUUAGGGUCUUGCGGAUUCAGUUAGGAGGUACAAGGUCCUCUAUAUUGGGUCAUGAUGUGGAUCGGCAACCCAUUCCUCUGGAAUUAAUGACAAGCACUAGUGAGGAUCUCUUCAAUUUUAUUGCGUUGUCAUUAAUGGAAUUUGUUGAAAGUGAAGGAGAUGGUUCUGAGACUUCACCGAAUAGAAUAAGGGAUCUUGGAUUUACUUUCUCUUUUCCUGUGAAACAAUCUUCUGUUUCUUCUGGCAUCUUAAUUAAAUGGACAAAAGGAUUUGUUAUUCCAGAUAUGGUUGGAAAGGAGGUUGCGGGAAGUCUAGAGCAGGCAUUGAUCAGACAAGGUCUAAAUAUGAGGGUGGCAGCGCUGGUCAAUGAUACUGUUGGAACUUUAGCUUUAGGACAUUAUCAUGACGCGGACACUGUUGCUGCAGUGAUAAUGGGAACAGGUACAAAUGCCUGUUACUUGGAACGAACAGAUGCUAUCAUAAAAUGUCAAGGGCUUUUCACAACUUCAGGAGCCAUGGUUGUAAACAUGGAAUGGGGAAAUUUUUGGUCGUCUCAUUUACCAAGAACAACUUACGAUACUGAUCUAGAUGCUGAUAGCCCUAACCCCAAUGAUCAGGGCUUUGAAAAAUUGAUAUCUGGAAUGUAUUUGGGUGACAUUGUGAGGAGAGUGAUACUUAGAAUGUCACAAGAGACGGAUAUUUUUGGACCUGUUUCUUCCAGAUUAUCAGUGCCCUUCAUCUUAAGGACGCCAAUUAUGGCUGCAAUGCAUGAAGAUGACUCUCCCGAGUUGAGAGAAGUGGGAAAUAUUUUAAGAGACGUCUUGGAGAUUCCCGAUGUCCCUUUAAAGGUCCGAAAGCUUGUAGUCAAAGUAUGUGAUGUGGUUACCCGAAGGGCGGCAAGACUGGCUGCUGCUGGCAUUGCAGGCAUCUUAAAGAAGAUUGGCCGGGACGGGAGUGGUGGCCUAACAGGUGGAAGGCGAAGUGAUAACAAGAUGAGGAGAACAGUGGUGGCGAUCGAAGGGAGUUUAUACACAAGCUAUACAAUGUUUAGAGACUACUUGAAUGAAGCCUUGUCUGAAAUACUAGGGGAAGAAGUUGCCCAACAUGUGGUUCUAAAGGUAACAGAAGAUGGGUCGGGCAUUGGAGCAGCUCUCCUUGCUGCUUCACAUUCUUCAUCAUCCCAACCUUGUGGAUAGAGUACAGUUGCUAUAAAUAUAUAUAUUAUUCAUAUAUAUACAUAUAGCCCCUGUAAAUGUAGAAAGUAUCCUCCAUAAUCUAUAUAUCUCUUUGUAUAAAAAGAAGGUUUGUCCAUAUUUUUUUUUCAUUUUUACCAAUUCUAUAUCUUUGAUGCUAGCAGUGGAAUUUUUUUUAUUAUUUUAUUUUUACAAAAGGUUUCCUCAAAAGGGCUUUUGAAUGUCAUUAAUGGCUAGUUUGACAAUGUGAUAUGCUUAUUUAUUUAUUUGUGAACAAAAGCAGUUGAAAAAAAAGAAGGCAAUUACCAA